GAAUUAUAAAAUAAGCAUAAUCUAAUAAGCUAUCGAGUUAUAAGAAAUAGAAGAAGAUAAAAUAAAAAAAAUUCAUAGAUGUAUGAAUAAGACGUAGCAACGCAUCACUCCUUCUUAACUCCACUAAUAAAUAUAUAAAUAUAUGUAUAUAUAGAUGUUUGUAUUUAAUAUUCAGGUUCUACGUCUUCAGUCUUCACUGAGAUCAUUUUAUUGACGGCAUUAUUGUAAAAUAGUCAUAGCUAAGUUUAAAUUUUGUGUUUAGAUAUAAUUUAAAUAUUUGAAAAAAAUAGGUGAGAAUUUGAAAAAAAAUUUGUAAUUAUUUGGAAGGUAAAUAUAUUAAUGAUAUAAAUAUAUCAGUAUUUAUAUAACAUAAGGAUCAGUUAUAAAAACAUGUCUUGGACUUUGAUGAUAAUUUUAUUAAAAAUUAUUUAUUUUCAAGCCCAAGUUACUGAAGUAGAUGGAAAAAAAGGAUUUGGUCCUGGAGAACAAGACUGGGGACACAUCCAAGUUCGACAAGGCGCUCAUAUGUUUUGGUGGCUUUAUUACGUGACUCCCCAAAUAAAAUCACCAGAUUUUAAUGUCUUCAAUAAACCAUUGCUGAUCUGGUUGCAAGGAGGUCCAGGAUCACCAUCCAGUGGCUACGGGAACUUUAUGGAAUUCGGACCAUUAAAUAUCAAUCUCCAAAAACGAAAUCACACGUGGGUUAAUGAUUACAACAUCUUGUUUAUUGACAGUCCAGUUGGAACUGGAUUUAGUUAUGUAGAAAAUGAUUCACUGUAUGAUAGAAACAAUACAGAGACAGCUAAUGAUCUCAUGAAAUGCAUCAGUAAAUUUUUAGACACAAUCCCUGGGUUUAAAAAUGUUUCUACUUACGUCUUAGGAGAGUCAUAUGGUGGAAAAAUAGCCGUCGAAUUUGCUCUCAUCUGGUACAAAGCCCAAGAAAAUAGCGACAUAAUAAGUAAUCUCCAAGGAAUUGCUUUAGGAAGUCCAUGGAUUUCACCGAUUGAUUCAAUAUAUUUUUCUGGAGUAUAUCUACUCAAUAUAGGUAUGCUAGAUCCACUUGAUUAUCAAGAGUUACAACUAAAUACUGAAGAAGUUGAAAGUCUCAUAGAUAAACAAAGAUGGAUUAGAGCUUUCGAAAAAUUUGCAAGUUUUGGUAGCGAUAGUUCUUUACUAAGUAUUGGCGAUUUAAACAAUAUAAUGAGAAGAAAAACAUUAAUUAACAGCUCUCAUUACAAUUACAUUUCUGAGUAUCGGAACCCUAUGAAUCAUUUUCCAGAUUUUAAUGAACUAUCGAAAAACUUAGCAAGCUUAAUGAAUAAUGAUGUCAAAGUGUCAUUGAAUAUUUCCACUGAUCUUCUAUGGGUUCCUCUUUCACCAUACGUUUUUUUUUAUCUAGCCACUGACUUCCUCAAGCCAGCAACUCAUACAGUUGAGCGGCUUUUAAAUGAAACAAAUUUAAAAGUUAUUGUAUUCAACGGCCAAUUGGACCCCGUUGUUCCGAGCACGGGUACAUUUACUUGGAUGGGAAAACUUUGUUGGGCAGGUGCAGAAACAUGGAGAAAUACUAAAAGAGUCCCUUUGGUUGUCGACAAUAUUAUUGAAGGAUUUGUUAAAGAGCACAAUAAUUUGAAGUUUUAUUGGGUCAGCAGAGCCGGACAUUUGGCACCUAUGGAUAAUCUUUAUGCUAUGAAAGCAAUCCUGCAAGACUUGACAUCUAUAUCAAAUUAAUUAAUUUUUUUUAUCAUUUUUAAAAUAGACUAGACAUCCCAAACGACUGGACGCGAUCUAGUGACGAGCACGGAAAUACUCCUGCUUUUGAUUGUAAAUGAAAGAAUUACUAAUUACGAUGAUAGUAUUUACUUAUCACUUUAACAUUAUAUUACUUUUCAUUUCUCAAUUUAUAUAGUUCAUUUUUUUUCAUGUAAUAAUUGAAAAACUCACCAUUUAUAAUUUUGAAAAUUAUUUCGAACCUAUUGUAUACAUUUGACAUUAAUUUACCAGUAAAUAAAAACAUUUAAUUAUA